AUGGAAAUCCACUCAAAAGAGCUUAAAGUGGCUAGCGAAAAACACGUUGAAAAAUUGGAAUGUAUACUUGAAGAAGAAACACAGCCCAAACAUGAUGAAGAAAUAAUUCGUAACCUACAAGCUAGAGUAUUAAGGGAAGAAUGGGAAAAAAGGGAAAAGCUAGAAAGGUUACAGGAAGAACAUAUACAUUGCUGUUGGAGCAAAAAAAGAGAAGAACGAAAAGAAUUUGAGAUUGAACAACGAGAAAAAGAAAACCAAUUGCUAGAAGCCCAACAAAUUUUAAUUGAAUUGGAAGCUGAAAAACAGCGACUUGAUGAAGAAUUGACAAGAGCUCAAAAAAAAAAUUAG